UGUUGAAGCCUCGAAAUCUGAAAAAAAUACCGUCAUGUGUACCUGAGGGGCUUCAAUUAUUAACAAACACAUUAUUCACAGUUACUAUUUAGAGUAACCAAAUUGAAUAGUUCAGAAUGACCAACAGGUUGUGAACUAAAGAUGUGUAUUGACAGAUUCACCUAAAAACUCAUUUAUAUUGAAAUGUUUUAUACGCAAGCAUCAUUAGAUGGCCCAGCGUGUAAUCUGUGUAUUCAAUGCUGAUAUUCCUACUCUGGAACAUCGCUGAUAGGUCGUUGAGAUUUUAGCAGCAAUGUUUGAUGAGCAAAAACACCUAGAGAGCACAAACUUCUGUAAAGAGGGGACUACUGCGGCAUGGAGUAUAAACAUUUGGCCAAUUUUCUGAUUAUAUAUAUCAAUUUAACACAUGUUUUCAAAAUUAUAUAUUGUACUAGCUGUACCCGGCAAAGUUUGUCUUGCCUACUGCGUUUUUUGACGUUUCAAGUUUCUAUCCAAGACCAAGUCCCCGGUCACAAAAUGUAUGGAAGAUCGAUUUUCAAAAACUCUCAAUAUUUCUCAAUAUUUUUUGCCUCAUAAACCUUCCUUGGGUGAAAACUUAAGAACAAAACUAAGACGAUCAAAAUCGGACCUUCCGUUCGCAAGUUAUGCGCGGUCCCACGUAUGCCACUACAUUUUUAUAUAUAGAUAGAUUAGUUGAAUUUAUCAUCCAUCGCACUUGUUGGGAUGCUUAUGACCAAAAAUGAAACCCGUAAUACGUCAUUCAGAAUAGUUUCUGUUAUACAAUGAAUUAAUCGCUUCAAAACUUCAUGAUACAAAUAGAAAAGUUAUGUGAGAAAUUUCAUUCCUUAACAUCCCACCAGUUUAUGAAACAAGUUUAUUUUUCACAAAAAUUAUCGAUGUUCGAAAACCACCUGAGUAAUAUCAAAUAUUUUAUCCUAGUUUCGUGAAAUGAGUUGUAGAACACCUUACGAUUACUCACAUAUUUUUCCUAAUAAUAUUUCUGACCUUACAAAUAAAUGUUACAAUGGUAGCGAAAUUGAGAAAAAAAAAAGCAAUGCCGUUCUAUGUUUGGUAUCUAGUGUGCAGUUAAAAACGUAUUUUCAUGAGUGGUAAUCCUUAUAGUAUGCCUUUAUGUAUUUUCAACACACAUUUGAAGCGAAAUUGGAAUUAGUAAAUCAAUUUUUAUACGAUUUGGCGAUUUUUCAAAGUAGUAUGUGAAGAUGAAUCCCUUAACAACUCAUGAGUUCUUAACACCCCAUUUUACGGUAAUUCAACAUUUCUUUCUCAUCGUACAUUAAUUGUAAUAUAAUAUUUGAACUCAGGGUAUUGUUCUACACUAAAAUGAUCACCAGUUUAUCGAGUUCAAAAAUGCUAUAAACUAGUGUUAUAAGCGGUGAAAUAAUAUCACAAAUAUACAAAGAAAUUUCACCUGAAUUGAACCACUGCACUACACUGCACUGGGAUACAUGGCUCUAAACAUGAGCUGAUUUAUAAAACAACAGCUUUUGAUUACUAAACUGUACAAAAAAGCUUCCCAAAAGUGUAGAGAUUCAGCCACUUCGCGUUUAGUAUCAUAAGGGACAGUAAUCGAUUUUCUCUUCCGUUGAUAACAUGUCAUGAAAUCAUCCGCACACUUACUGAAUUGCCCGAAAUAAUCCGUAGAGAAACUUGAUGAAGAGAAAGCAAUCAUUGCAGUUAAGCCCUUAUGAUACUAAACUCGAGAUAUACGAUUUUCAUUCAGAAUAACAUGUCGACCAAGCUUUCAUUCGACCUUGUACCCAUUCAUCCUGUUGGGUUAAUCCUAUCCGUGGUAGGUAAAAACCUUUCGUGUGACAAAUCUACCCGAUUCUAACGAUGAUUGGUCCUGAGCGUAGGUAAAUAUUUAGACAUUUAACGGUAUUGGGUUCAAUCAAAUCUACCUUGGCUCAGUAUUUGAGAAAAAUUUGGAGGGUACGUACACGUCUCGAAUCACUCUAGAGUAAAAAUCAAGUGCUUGGAGCCGGUAGAAUAUAACAAUAGCUAUGUGGACCAGACUGCUGCUAGUGGGAUGCUUAAUUCUGAAUGUUUAUGGAGCCACUGUGGACACUGGAAAAGAUGAUCCAAAAACCAAACCUGCUCCUAAAGAAUUGGGCUUCGUUGAAUCAUUAAUCGCUAGUUUCCAAAAUUCAAAUUCUAUUGUGGAAAACAGUAUCAAGCAGACGCGGCAAUCUAAAUGGUAUCCAGGACACUCUUCUACUGAUGAGGAAAAUACACCACAGCCAGGUCAAGAGAACAGGCAGAAUUAUGAAACUACAACCCAUAAUUUCCACGACUACUUCACGACGCCGACGACGACAACCACCACAGCUGCACCGCCAGGAAGUGGAACGGCGCGUACCGCCGCCCUGCUACUUUACUAUCUGCAUGCACUGCGAGCAAGUGGAAUCCUAAGGUCUGAGCUCGACUUACCUGGAGACUUACCGCUUGACUCACGUAGUGCUCCCAAUAGUAUCUGCGGUUGCGACGAAGAAAUUCAGCAGCUUCAGCACUCCAUCCUAUUGCUGCAGGAAAGUGUUCGACAGCUGCGAAAUGUUGUCCAUGCAGAUGAAGUAGCUCAGUUUCAUGGAGACAUCAAGCCAUCGAAGUGAGAAAAACUUUGAGUGAACCAGAGAAAAGACUAGGAGAGAACGAAAUUCCCGACUGAUGAAGUAAAUAAACUAUUUAAACACUGAUAAUAAUUUGUUUUUAAAACGAAAGAAUUUAUCAUAUAUUCAUUGAUAUCUUAUUUUACUCAUAACAAUAUAUUUUUGUUAAUAUACAUGCAAGUACGUUGUCUUAUGAAAAUUUUGACGUUAUUUUACACUUUGCGGAGUUGGUCCACUGGCAUAGUAACGCACCCACAACGAAGUAACGCUGCGCUACUAUGUCUUCAGCCAUUGAGUUCCGGUCAAUUAAUUUUCCUUAAAUUUGUUCGAUAUUCGAUCUCUCCAUAUGUACCGUCACUGUCAAAUACGUCACUCCC